AUGGAUGUCGAAGCGCUGCUCGAGCAGCUCACUCUGGAGGAGAAGGUGGCCCUCACAGCUGGCAACGGAUGGUGGCAUACACAAACCAUUGAGCGUCUGGGCAUCAACCCGAUCCGCCUCUCCGACGGCCCCAACGGCGUGCGCGGCACUCACUUCUUCGACAGCACUCCCUCCGCAUGCCUUCCCUGCGGCACGGCCAUCGGCGCGACAUUCGACACAGAACUCGUCAAGCGCCUCGGAGGCCUGCUAUCAGAUGAAGCCCACGCAAAGGGCGCCCACGUCCUCCUCGGGCCUACGGUCAACAUCCAGCGCAGCCCGCUCGGCGGUCGCGGCUUCGAGUCCUACUCUGAAGACCCUGUCCUCUCGGGUGUUCUCGCCGGCCACUAUGUGAACGGAGUGCAAGAGUCUGGCGUCUCUGCCACCCUCAAGCACUACGUCUGCAACGACAUGGAGAGUGAGCGUAUGGCCGUGAACGCCAUCGUUACAGAGCGCGCCAUGAGAGAAAUCUACCUGCUUCCCUUCAUGAUCGCCAUCGAGAUGGGCAAGCCGCGGGCCAUCAUGACCUCCUACAGCCAGCUCAACGGCCACCACGCCGCCGAGAACAAGCACAUCCUGCAGGACGUCCUGCGCGACGACUGGAAAUGGGACGGCCUGGUGAUGAGUGACUGGUACGGCACCUACAGCACAUCCGAGGCCAUCAACGCCGGUCUCGACCUCGAGAUGCCUGGCCCGACCCGCUGGCGUGGCGAGACCCUCGCCCACGCGGUCACCGCGAAUAAGGUCAAGAAGUCCGUGCUGGACUCCGCCGUGCGCAACAUCUUGAAGCUCGUCAAGCACGGCCUGGAGAACACCAAGAUCCCGCCUAAUGCCCCCGAAACCGAGGCCAACACCCCCGAGCACAUCGCCCUGCUGCGCGAGGCAGCGGCCAAAUCUCUGGUUCUCCUGAAGAAUGAGAGAAACAUCCUGCCCUUCGACAAGACCAAGAAGGUUGCCGUCAUCGGCCCCAACGCCACCAUUGCCACGUACUGCGGUGGUGGCAGCGCCGGUCUCAGAGCCUACAAGACGGUCACCCCCUUGGAGGGUAUCAAGGGCCUCGCCAGCGACGUCGUCUUCUCCCAGGGCGCGUACGGUCACCAGUCCCUGCCUCUCCUCGGCAAGAACCUGCGCACGCCGGACGGCAAGCAGAAGGGCUUCGUCCUGCGCAUCUACAAUGACCCUCCCGCUGCCAACGGCGCCGCUGAUGCCCGCAAGGCGCUCGAGGAGCGCGUCCUCGACGACGCCAACAUCUGGUUCGUCGACUAUGAGAACGCCGAGCUCAACCCCCUCUGGUGGGCCGAGACGGAGGGAAUCCUCACCCCUGAGCGAUCUGGCGAGUGGGAUUUCGGUCUAUCUGUCCACGGGACCGGCGAGCUGUACAUCGACGGCAAGCUAGUCGUCUCCAACGUCGAGAACCAGCGCCUGGGCAAUAGCUUCCUCGGCUGCGGUACCGUUGAGGAGACGGGACGCAUGCACCUGGAAGCCGGAAAGGACUACCGCGUGCUCGUGCGCUUCGGCUGCUCAGCCACCAGCAAGAUCAAGCCCUCCGGCACGGUCGACUUCGGCCAGGGCGGUGUGCGCUUCGCCGGAUGCCCGAGACUGGAGCCCAAGACCGCGAUCCAGGAGGCCGUCGACGUCGCCAAGAGCGUUGACCAGGUCGUCAUCUGCGCUGGUCUCAGCGGCGAGUGGGAGUCUGAGGGCUUCGACCGUACUCACAUGGCCUUGCCCCCUGGCACUGACGAUUUGAUCGCGGCCGUUGUUGCUGCCAACCCCAACACUGCUGUAGUCAUCCAGAGCGGCACGCCUGUUGCCAUGCCUUGGAUUGAUCAGGCCGGCGCGGUCGUUCAAGCUUGGUUCGGCGGUAAUGAGUGCGGAAACGGCAUUGCCGACGUGCUCUUCGGAGAAGUCAACCCGGCCGGAAAGCUCCCUCUCACGAUGCCCCGCCGCGUCCAGGACAACCCCGCCGCCCUCAACUUCCGCUCCGACAACGGCCGCGUGCUCUACAGCGAAGACGUCUACGUCGGCUACCGCUGGUACGAUACCCUCGACAUCACGCCCCUCUUCCCCUUCGGCCACGGCCUCUCGUACACCACCUUCUCCGUCUCCGACCUCUCCGUCUCGCAAGACGCAGACAAGAGCGUCACCGUCCGCGUCAAGGUCACCAACACCGGCUCCCGCGCGGGCGCCGAGGUCGUGCAGGUCUACGUCACCCCCGCGGCGCCGACGCCGCUCACGAGCUCCAUCCGCGACACCAUCACGCGCCCGGCCAAGGAGCUCAAGGGCUUCGCCAAGGUCACCCUCGAGGCGGGCGCGAGCGCCACGGCGGAGGUUACGCUGGAUCUCCUGCGCGCGACGAGCUACUGGGCCGAGAUGGAGGACUGCUGGCGCAGCGAUGCGGGCAAGUACGGUAUCCUGGUGGGCACGAGCAGUCGUGGCGAGUUCUUGGAGUCGUCUAUUUCUGUAGAGAAGACGAGGAGAUGGAGCGGUCUGCGUGCUUAG